GCACACUCGCUGUUUUCCUGGUGCUCGUGUUCUCGAUGUCGCUGCGCAGGUACCCGCGAUCCUGAACGAGAACUUCGGAGCGGUUGUUCUUCAUGUCGGAACGAACUACACCCGGCUGAGGCAAACGGAGAUCUUAAAGAGAGAUUUCAGGAUCCUGGUGGAGACGAUCAAAAUGAAUUCGAGUAUUUCAGCACUGUAUGUUGGUGAUCUGCACCAUGAAGUGACAGAAAACAUGCUGAUGGAGAAAUUCAGCUCUGUGGGCCACGUUCACUCCAUCCGGAUCUGCAGGAACUGGAACACCGGCGUUUCACUCAGUUACGCCUACGUCAACUUUUACCAGCGAGCCGAUGCUGAGCGAGCGUUGGCAACACUUAAUUGUGAGCUCCUUAUGGGGAACCCUAUGAGAGUCAUGUGGUCUCAGAGGGAUUCCACCAUGAGGAAAAGUGGCAGGAACUUGUUCAUCAAGAACUUGGACCUGGAGAAGAUUGACAGCAUGGCCCUUUUUGACCUGUUUUCAGUCUUUGGGAAGAUCCUGUCAUGCAGGGUUGUCCGUUACAAGACGGGGACAAAAGGAUAUGGAUACGCAAAGGAGAAACUCAAUGGCAAACUUCUUAACGGCCAUAAAGUCUCCAUCCAACACUUUAAGUCUCGUAAGGAGCGCGAGACUGAGAGGAACCACCACACCCAGGUCUUCAUUAACAAGCAGAAGACCUUACUGAGACCAGAACACCAGGAUAACCCUGUCCAUCCUAACGUGCAGAGGAUGAAGAAUGUGCAGACUCAGAAUAUGACUCCCUUCACACCAAGCCAGAAGGUAGAGCCAAAUAAAGAAAAUGCCCCAGCAGUAAACACAGUUCCUGCUGUAGAAGAGCACACAACUGUGGAUGAGAAACCAGCUUUACCUCAAGUUCCAGCUGUAGAACCGCGUCCAGCUCUACCUCAAGUUCCAGCUGUAGAACAGAGUCCAGCUCUACCUCAAGUUCCAGCUGUAGAACAGAGUCCAGCUCUACCUCAAGUUCCAGCUGUAGAACAGAGUCCAGCUCCAUCUCAUGUUCCAGCUGUAGAACAGAGUCCAGCUCCAUCUCAUGUUCCAGAUGUGCAGGAUGUAUCCAUGGCUGCAGCACCUCAGAAGCGCUUAACUAUUUACAUGUUGGAGUCUGCAGAUUUUGAAAUGCAGAUCCAGAUGGCACAUGAUCAUCUGUUGCCUCUGGUAGAGAAAAUCCACCCGGCUGAAGCGAAUAAAAUUUCAUGGAUGCUGAUUGGGAGUAAAAACAACUUUGAAAUCAUGAACAUGAUUUCUGAUCCUGAUCUUCUGCGAGCCAAAGUGGAUGAAAUGAACAUGAUCCUAAAAACAGGAGAAGCAGGAGUCAAGUCGGAAACAAAGAUGCUCUUUGGCACAAAGAAAAAGAGGAAGAACAAGAAGAAAAAUAUAUAUUUAUAAUAAUAAUAAUUAUAAUUUUUUUAAAUAUGAUAUUAAUAUUGCAUGUUAUUAUAUUUUUUUGUUUAUAUACUUCUUUUUUUC